CCUGUUUUAAGAAAACCCCUCCCCACUUCAAAGAAAAAGAAAAAGAAAACCCCUCCCAUUCCCUUGGUAAAGGAAGCCAUUAUUCAUGAAUCUCUUCCUCUCCCUUCAGCAGUUUGUAUAUCUUUUAGUCUCACGAAGGCAAGCACCCACAUUUUCAUCUACUCUAUUCUCUAAACGGCUUCCUUUCAAUCGGUUACCCCUUGACUGGACCUCACAAUCAUUGACCCAAGAAGCGUUGUAUAACCAAAUUCGUAAAUUUCGGUUCAGUUAGCCUAGAAUCAAGUACAAGGAAAGAACAGCACUUAUGAAAUGUGCAACCAAAAUUAGAGAAUCAGAAGUCGUCCUCUUAAACAUCAAACCAGCAUUCAAAAUACAUAUUCAAUACAAAGUGCCUGAGCUGCAUAUGUUCCCCAUAAUUUCACAAAUAUAUAUGGGGCUUAUUCUUCAUAGACUUAACAAGCUAGGCACCGGAAGAUGGUCUAUGAUCUUUCAUCUCUCUAAUGUGGAUGAUGAUGGUGUACCCCACCAUGACCAUGUGGAUGGUGUCCCCCACCGUGCCCAUGUGGAUGAUGUCCUCCCCCACGACCGUGUGGAUGAUGUCCUCUGCCGUGACAAUGCCCACCGUGAUGUCCUCCACCAAGGCCAGGCCCUCCAUGAUGUCCCCUCCCGUGAUGGCCAUGACCAUUCCCGCCGUGAUGUACACCGCCAUGACAAUGCCCUCCUCCGACAUGACCAUGCUCUCCGUGAUGUCCUUCGCCAUGACCGUGCUGGCCGUGGUGUCCCUCACCAUGCGGUAGAAGAAGGUGAUGAUUUCCGUGGUGAGACAUUUUCCCAAGUGUAGCUGAUGAGAGGUUAGAGGAAUACUGGAAGAUGAGUUAAUUGUUGGGAGAUAAGAAGGUUGAGGGCCGUUGGUACAUAUAUAGGCAGCGAUGGGUAGAUGGAGC